CUCACAACGGGGUUUACGAGGAAAAGGCGCGAGGGUUCGCCGGCGCCAUGUUUUUGGGGACCCCAGAUUGAUCGACGAUUACUCAAGUCUGGGCGGGAAUGAGGUAUGUUACGCGGUCUGAAAUCCCGAUACCAUCAGGUGUCCAUGAAACAGGGAGAAUUUGAAGGAAAACACAACCAGGCUCGGGUAACAGUCGGCGUAAUAUUACAGACAAGUGACCUCAUCGUCAGCUGCCCCGACGCUAAACUGAAACCGGAGUUUCCAUUACCCAACGCGAAUAUCAUGAGUGGCAGAAAGAUCCCUUGGACCAGCCAGCAAAAGGGCCUCUGUCCCUCUCUUUCCAGGGCAUCAAUGACCAUCUCCAACUCAGCACUGCAUUCUCGCCCUCUGACUACCCGCUUCCGCGGAGAUCCUCAUGGUUACAAUGUAGGAGACCUCGUUUUGCGUGCCGACUUUUCCAGCUCUCCUCAGUGCUGGCCGGAUGGCCCCAUCUUAGUAUUUUAAUCUCGAGGAACCCCAUAAUGGCCUUGUCCACUCGCUCUUCGUCUGUUUCAAACCUCCAAUGGGAUUUCUCGGUUUAUAUUUAGCUUCUCUGUCACCUCCUGUCAAUCCACGUAGUCCAAGGUAGGUUUUUGUCCUCGCGGCCCCCCUGACAUGGACCCGUCGGGACUCCAUUUAAUCAAACUGAUGCCUGGUCGCUUGAUGGGUGU